CUCGCUACUUCCUCUCCGGCCCCUGCGUAGUCCAUAAGGAAACCCGGACGCCGGCGUCGCUCUCUUUUUUUUCUAGGCGCCCGGGAAGAUGGCGGACAUUCAGACGGAGCGUGCGUACCAGAAGCAGCCGACCAUCUUCCAAAAUAAGAAGAGGGUGCUGCUGGGAGAAAGUGGCAAGGAGAAGCUCCCCCGAUACUACAAGAACAUCGGUCUAGGCUUCAAGACACCCAAAGAGGCCAUUGAGGGCACCUACAUUGACAAGAAAUGCCCCUUCACCGGUAAUGUCUCCAUCCGAGGGCGGAUCCUGUCUGGCGUGGUGACCAAGAUGAAGAUGCAGAGGACCAUUGUCAUUCGCCGAGACUACCUCCACUACAUCCGCAAGUACAAUCGCUUCGAGAAGCGCCACAAGAACAUGUCUGUGCACCUUUCCCCCUGCUUCAGGGACGUCCAGAUCGGCGACAUUGUCACCGUGGGCGAGUGCCGGCCCCUGAGCAAGACUGUGCGAUUCAACGUGCUCAAGGUCACCAAGGCUGCUGGCACCAAGAAGCAAUUCCAGAAGUUCUGAGAUGACACUGCCCCCUCCCCAGAACAAAUAAAGUCAUUUUCCACUCUCA